UCUCUCCCUCUCUCCUCUCCAAUAUAAAUCAUAGCCAAAGGCUCUCUCCUCUUCCCUCCAUGUGCAAUACUUAAGUCACUGGCAUUAUAUCUCUCCUGAAGUUUCGCUCUAUCUCAUCUUAUUAUUUAAUCUCACUUCCUCCACCUUCUCUUUGCAUAAUCCAGCCGCCCGCAAGUACACCUAGCAGUGCCCUCACAGAGUCCCCUUAUUGAUCAAUAAAAUGGUUCAAGUACUGUACAGAGAACUCAAGAUACGAAGCUAUGAUGGUGAAAAAGAUCGCGCUCGCGUGGAAGAGCUGGAGCGAGGUUGUGAGAUUGUAGGGCCAGCUGAUCGCGUCUUUCUCUUCACUGACACUUUGGGUGACCCCAUCUGUAGGAUCCGAAAUAGUCCCUCUUUCUACAUGCUGGUGGCUGAGUCGGACAAUGAAUUGGUUGGUGUCAUCCAAGGCUCUAUAAAGUUGGUGACGAUGGCGAGGCUUCAUGGGAACUUAGGUUUAGCCAGGGUGGGCUACAUACUUGGCCUGAGGGUUGCACCCCAUCAUCGUCGUCAAGGGGUCGGUUCGAGGUUGGUGCGCUCUCUAGAACAAUGGUUCGUCUCCAACCACGUCGAGUUCGCAUACAUGGCCACCGACAAGGAGAACAAAGCCUCCAUCAAGCUCUUCGUCGACAGCCUUGGCUACGUCAAGUUCCGGACACCUGCUAUACUUGUGAACCCUGUUAGCCCCUACAGGGCUCUUCACUUGCCUUCGCAUGUCGAAAUCAAGAAGCUCGGGACAAAAGAAGCCAAGCUGCUGUACCAGAAGUUCAUGAGCUCGGCCGAGUUCUUCCCUAGCGACAUUGAUAAUAUACUUGAGAACAGGCUGAGUUUGGGCACAUGGGUGGCUUACUACAAAGGAGAAGCAUGGGAAGACAUCAGAUACGAGAGCGUAUCGACCGGCUUGGAGUAUUGGCGAGGUCCAAGGGACUGGGCCAUGGUUAGUGUAUGGAACAGUGCGGAGGUGUUCAAGCUUAGGGUGCAGGGGAGAGCACCUUUAUCAUGCUUGAUAUACACCAAGAGUUGUAGGUUGAUGGACCGAUUCUUUCCAUGCUUUAAAGUCCCAGCGAUACCGGAUUUUGUCGACCCAUUUGGAUUUUACUUCAUGUACGGAAUGCACUGUGAGGGCAAGUCCUCGGCUCUGCUGGUUCGGACCCUGUGCCAAUUCGUGCGGAACAUGGCUCGCAAGUCCAAGGAUUGCAAGCUUGUGGUCACGGAAAUCGGAGCCAGAGACGUAGUGAGGCUUCACAUCCCACAUUGGAAAUUGCUCUCCUGCCCUGAAGACUUGUGGUGCAUCAAGGCCUUGAACAAUGAGGAGCAAAGCAGCUUACAAGAGAUCACAAGGAGCCCCCCAACAAGAGCCCUUUUUGUAGACCCUAGAGAUGUAUAGGUACAACCACAAAAGAAAAACAUGUAGGGCUUGGGCACAAAAUGACCGUGACAGCCCUCCAAAGCCUUGGCCAAAUGUUGUCUGAUGAGUAUGGUGUGAAUUAAAUAUCGCACAUGAUUUUGGAAUCCGACUUGGUUUAUGAGAUUA